AUGCUGCGACUAAGAGCCCUCCUCAUCCGCCCGCUCAUCGUCAUUCUCUCCUUCUUCGAACGCCGGCUCUCAUCCGCCGGACAAUUCGCCGCCGCAAAGCCCAAGUUCACCCUCUCCAUCCCCUCCACCAUCGCCCAAACCCCGCAUAAAAUCCCCCUCCUUUUCUACGGCCCAAAGACAUUCAGCCCCAGAAACCCAGCCAGCCCUUCCCCCCAAUCAGCCGGCUUCCCCGUCGUCAUCAACUUCCACGGCGGCGGCUUCACCAUCGGCGCCCCCAACAACGACGCGCGCUGGGCCACCGCCGCCGGCGCCGCCGGCGCAGUCCUCAUCGGCGUCAAGUACCGUCUCGCGCCCGAACACCCGCACCCCGCCGGCAUCGAAGACGGCGUCGACGCGAUCCUAUGGGUGCGCGCCCACGGUGCCGCCCACGGGCUGGACGCGUCCAGGAUCGUGCUCAGCGGCUCGAGCGCAGGCGGCAACCUGUCGCUGACCGUCGCGCUGCGGCUGUUCGACGAGCUCAGAAAGAAGGGGGAGACCGUGUCGAGUGCUGCCGCGGCGCUCGCGGGCAUCGUCGCCUUCUACCCCAGCACGAACUACGCGCAGACGCGCGCCGAGCGCCGCCGCUCCAACACGUCGCGCACGCGGCCGGCGAAGCAGACGAUUCCAGACAGCUUGUUUCGGUUGUUUGAUGAGUCGUAUCUGUAUCCGCACGAAAAAUUGGAUCUGACGUCGCCGUUUCUGUCGCCGGGGCUGGCGCCGGCGCAGACGCUGCGGGAUGCGUUGCCGGCGCGGGUUGCGAUAUUCACGUGUGAGUGGGAUCAGCUGUACGCCGAGGGGGAAGCGUUUCGCAAGCGGCUCGUUGAGCUCGGGAAGCAGGUUGGGGGGAGGAUGAUCGAAGGGGUGGAUCAUGGGUGGGAUAAGGCGCCGACGUUUAUGCGCCAGGAUACGAAAAAGGACGCGAUGUAUGCUGAAGCUGCCGCGCAGUUGCUGGAGAUGUUUGGGGACGGGUAG